AUGUUGGACAUCUCACAGUUCAUCGAAGAGAAAGGCGGUAACCCUGAGCUCAUCAAGAAGUCACAGGCUGCGCGUUAUGCGUCUGUUGAGCUUGUUGAUGACAUUGUUCAGUCGUACAAGGAGUGGACCAAGAUCAGAUUUGACCUGGAUGCUCUGAACAAGCAGCAGAACAAGGUGCAGAAGGAGAUUGGGUUGAAGUUCAAGGCCAAGGAAGAUGCGUCUGAGCUGUUGAAGGAGAAGGAUGCGAUUGCAGAGAAGAAGAAGGACCUCAUCGUCAAGGAGCAGGAGCUUGACAAGGCGCUGAAGUUCAAAGUGAACCAGGUUGGUAACAUUGUCCACGAGUCUGUGCCAGUGUCUGACAACGAGGACAACAACGGGCUCGUGAGAGACUGGAACCCAGAGGGGUACGAGAAGGUGGCCAAGGUUGCUGCUGCCACUGGUAAGGAGGCCAAGUUGUCGCACCACGAAGUGUUACUCCGUCUGGACGGUUACGAUCCUGAACGUGGUGUCCGUAUUGUUGGUCACAGAGGUUACUUUUUGAGAAACUAUGGUGUGUUCUUGAACCAGGCAUUGAUCAACUACGGAUUGAACUUUUUGGCCAAGAACGGUGGUUACACUCCAUUGCAAGCACCUGUGAUGAUGAACAAAGAGGUGAUGGCCAAGACCGCCCAGUUGUCGCAAUUCGACGAGGAAUUGUACAAGGUUAUCGAUGGUGAAGAUGAGAAGUACUUGAUUGCCACUUCUGAACAACCAAUCUCUGCUUACCAUGCUGGUGAGUGGUUUGAAUCCCCAGCAGAACAGUUGCCAGUUAGAUACGCUGGUUACUCCUCUUGUUUCAGAAGAGAAGCUGGUUCCCACGGAAAGGAUGCUUGGGGUAUCUUCCGUGUCCAUGCCUUUGAGAAGAUUGAACAGUUCUGUCUCACUGAGCCAGAGAAAUCAUGGGAAGAGUUUGACCGUAUGAUCAACUUGUCUGAAGAGUUCUACAAGUCCCUUGGAUUGCCAUACAGAGUUGUCGCCAUUGUUUCUGGUGAGCUGAACAACGCAGCUGCUAAGAAGUACGACUUGGAGGCCUGGUUCCCAUUCCAGGAGGAAUACAAGGAGUUGGUUUCUUGCUCUAACUGUACAGAUUACCAAUCCAGAAACUUGGAGAUCAGAUGUGGUAUCAAGAAGAUGACUGACCGUGAAAAGAAGUACGUCCACUGCUUGAACUCUACUUUGUGUGCCACUGAACGUGCCCUGUGCUGUAUCUUGGAGAACUACCAAACGGAAGAAGGUCUUGUCAUCCCAGAGGUGUUGAGAAAGUACAUCCCAGGUGAACCAGAGUUCAUUCCAUUUGUUAAGGAGCUACCAAAGAACUCUACCUCUCAAAAGAAGAAGUAA